AUGGCCCCUCCGUCUUCGUCCUCGUCCUCGUCCGCUCAGCGCCCGUCUGCCACGUCUGGCCAGAAGCGCAGCAAGCGCGACCUCGCCCUCGGCGGCGGGUCAACCUUCAGGGUCUGGUACUGCAGCAUCUCGACUGACGGGAAGCCGCGUACCCAUCCUCAGUGCCGAUGCGGCGACGGCCCUCUGAACACCAAGCUCAUCUCGCACUGCCCCGUCUGUUUCAUCAAGAGAUGCUCCGAGUGCCAGACGUGCGACCAAGACAAGCACGACUGA